CAAAAGAAAAUAUGCAAAGAAAACGUUUCAGCAGGGCGGCACACGCCAAGCUGGUUUUCGAUCUUUCGGCAGAGUUUGGCAAGGACGCGGCCUGGAAGCUGGCCGCUAUGGACGCCUUGAGAAAGGCAGAUCCGUACGACCUUUUGUUGAUGCACGGCCUCACCACGGCAGAACAGCUGGAGUUUGUGGAGGCCUUAAUUCAGAAGCAUCUGACCUCGGCGGCUGGCCUGAGCGAGGAGAGCGGGUCCGGAACUGGUGACGAUUACAUCAGGCGGUGGCGGGAAGUGAUGUCGCCUUCAAACCUCGACCAAGCAACGAUGCAGGAGGGGCCGCACCCCAUGGUCCGCAACUGGCGGCCGACCUCCAACUUCGCGCUGCCGCCUGAGCUGGCAUUCCCGGCCUUCGGCAAAUUUAUGGACGUGCUUUUCGAGCCGCCGACGCGGGAGGAUCUGAAGGCGGCCCACAGCUUAUGCAAGAUGGGUUCCACGGUGUACCCAAAGGAGAGCGACCUCGAGAGCGCUGCACAUCACAAUUUGGCGCAACACAUCGGGUUGUGCUUCGAGAAGGCCAGCGUGCGCCCUGACCGUGGUCGCGCGCAAACCGAUGGCGUGAUCCUCAUCCGUGACCCGGACGAGGUGCCGGCUAUGCACCGACUGGCGGCCCUGAUGGAGGUCAAGAACGAUGGAGGUUCCGGCGACAGCAACUUCCAGGGUGCGUGCUACUACGGCGUGUUCUGGGGCACGCGCCCGGGGUCGCCUUACAAGCAGAACACCUGCUGCCCGGCGCUGCUGCUGGAGGUGGCGGGCCCCAUGCUGCGUGUGUCGGCGCUCUACUGGGCGAGGACGGUGGUCAUCCGGCCCCUAACGUCCAUGAUGAACCUGCUGUGGAUGGAGGACAACGAGGCGUACAUGCUUUCUGUGGCACAAGUCAUGGCGGCGAUCAAGGCCGGCGUGACAGAGCUGGUGGCCUUCUACCAGCAGCCGCCUCCUGCCCUGCCGCCCGCCAUGCCUCCAGGCGUGGACCUGCUCCCGUACCCGCUGCUGGAGUCGAACGGCCGGUACAGCAACGCGGUACCGGAGCCGAUCGGCCGGUGGGUGUACCGUGCUGACGCCCGCCGCGCCCGCCGCAGCAACAGCACCAGCAGCAUCACCAGCAGCGGUAGCACAGGCGCUGGCGCAAGCACUAGCUGCGCUAGCAGCGCCAGCGACAUCAGCAGCGAGCGCGUGGUUGUGCGCUUCGUGCGGCGUUACAGCGCCGACGCGCACCGCGCCUGGGCGGCGGCGGGGCUGGCGCCGGCUCUGUACGCGGUGCGGCCGCUGGCUGGCGGCUGGCGGCUGCUCGAGAUGGAGCUGCUGUCAAAGGAGGCGGGCUGGGUCAACCUCGCCCAACUGGUGGUGGCGGCGGCGGACGCUGCCGCGGCGGCUGCUGCUGCUGCGCAUGGUGGUGGCGGCGGCGGCGGCGCAACGGCGGCGGCGGCGGCGGAAGGACGCGACGGUGCGAGCUGGGCGGCGGCGGACGGAACAAUCCCGGCUGUGGCAGCUAUGCAGCGCGCGGUAGCGUCUGCGCGCGCGGCGCUGGACCGGGCUCACGCCGUGCAGUCGGCCAGGCGCGGCCGGGGCCCGGGGAGGGCCGUCGUGUUCGCGCACGGCGAUGUGCGGCCACAGAACAUCAUGGUGCGGCCGCAGGAAGGAGGCAGAGCCGGCCUCGGCGCUGGCGGCGGCAGCGAUGAAAGCAAUGCCGACGCUGGUGGCGGCGGCGUUGGCGGUGAAGAGUACGACGUGCGCUUCCUCGACUUCGAGUUUGCUGGCGCGGUCGGCGCCGCACGCUACCCGCCGUUCCUGAACACGGACGUCGCCUGGCCAGCCGGCGUGGAGUUCAACGCGCCGGUGCUGCAGGAGCACGACACCGUGCUGCUGUCCUCCAGCAUCGAGCAGCUGUGGCUGCGGGCGGCAAGCAGCAGCGGCGGCGCGCCUCAGCCGCAGCCGCAGAUGCAGUUGCCGCACUGGCUCCAGCAAUGGCAGGGUGCCGGAACGGCAGCGUCUGCUGCUGCCGCUGCUGCAGCCGGCGCGCCCGCUGCCGACGGAAGUGGCGUUGAGGCAGGGGAUAGCGGUAGCGCGCCCAGCGCGAGCCGGCGAGGCAGCAGGCGGAGCGGUCAGCAGCAGCAGCAGCAGCAGCGCGGUUCGCUGCCUGCUGGCAGCACGGCCAACGCCCCGGCGGUUGCGCCGAAGCCGCCUGAGCCCGCGGGACAGUCCUCACCGGCCAACCGCAGCGCGCCGCCUGGGCCGCCAGCAGUGGGUGAUGCCGGCCCGGCGGCUGCCGAGGGCACGGGCGGCCGCGGUCGGCCCCGUGGACGCAAGGGGCAGCAGCAGCAGGGCGGGCCUGCUGCCGGCCGAGACAUGGGCGGCCGCGGUCGCCGCGGCCCCAAGCCACCCGCAUGCUUCUGCGUGCGGGCAACGGCAGCCGCGGCGGCGCCGGCCGUUCUGGCGCGCGCCCUGGCGAGGCCGUUGGUCGCCCGCCCCCUGAGGGCUGCUGUGUGGCUGUAGACUGCGUCAGUGUUGCGGUUGGCAUCUUGCCUAACCGGGUGGCGUUCAAGUGGGCGGAAUAGCGCAAUGGAGCAGCGUGACUACUGGAACAGCUCUUCCUGCAGUAGAGUGAUGCAGGGGGGAAAGGAAAGGACCUGGUGGAGCGUUUCGCAAUGAUGAAGGCGGGAAAGGAAAGAAUCUUUAUUAUUGGUUCUCGGGGAAGAGUGCACUGGUGUGGGACGCAUGGGCCCCACCGGCCAUUACCCCAUGUAGCAGUAGUCUGCAGCGGUUAUUGGGCUUGUGUUGUGUUGUGUUAUGUUGUGGAACAAAGUUAUGUUGAGGGUGCGUGUGUUGUGUGCGUGUGUUAUGACUUGCGUGUGCCGAGGUUGUUCUGCGCGCCGCGUGCUUUUGGUCCGGUGAGGUUGUGACGCGUCAUUGUUUUGUGUUCGUGGUUUGCGCCCUGCUUGUGUUUCGUGUCGACCGACAAACGAACAGACAGACAGACAGACAAACUCAGUUCAAGUGUGUUGGUGUUGGUCCUCCGCUGCGCUCUACACUUUCAGUUCCGAGGAGCUACGGCGAUGAUACUUUUUGCAGACGCAGGCACACACAACCCCUCGCCAGUACUAAAUUUGGCCUGACGGGCAUGGUGUGUGAGUCGGCUGCAGCUGCUGGGCAGCUGUGCAUUGACAUGUGGGUGGCACUCUGAUACUGCGACAGAAGAAGUGGGGCAUGGGGUUUUUGCAGAGCCAUUGAAACAUCUGUUGUGAACACGCGGUGGGCAAGUUGCAAGGGCUUGACGCUGCUUGCGCUGUUCCAAUGGGGCAUGGACGCGCACUUGAUACUGGGAAGUGCGCUGCCGAAGGCCAUGGCCUGGACGCAUGUGGAACUUAGGGUAUAGCGAUUGGUCCCAGCGGUUAGUCGGCCAAGGACUGACUGCAGCGCAAGGCGCGGACAGGGAUAGGAGGCGCCGUGACAGGGUACGCCGGAAGAGGAGGAGGAGAUGAUGUUACAGAAGCGGCGUGCCACGUAUUUCUCCUGCGGUCAGUAGGCGGGCUGCUGGGCCCAUAUACUUACCGUAUAGUCGCCACCGCACACGGCAAGCCUUCGAUUGAACGGGCUCCUGGCUGAGGAGCCGGCGCAGCUAGCCGGCCAGCAACGUGGCUUCACAGACAAGAACCAGAAAGUGACCCCACCC